UCUUGGACGCGAAAGAGUAUGGGCGGACAUAUACCGCCGAAUCCUCAAUUAAUGAAAAACUAUGCGUCCAAAUAACUGCCACGUUCUCGGUAGUUCGAGCGAAACGCCGAUCACCGUACUCCCGAAAUACUUACACAGCGCAGUAGCCAUGGAUGUGUUGGGCAGCACAUAUUUACCUGGCCUCUCUCUCAUCGACUCGGUGACGCGACAACAUCCCCGAACGUCAACGUCAACAUGAAGCUCCCGCUCAGCCUCAUCGCUCUCUGGCUCUCUGCCGCCCUGGCCCAAACAUACCCCGAAUGCACGCGCGCACUCGUGGAAACAGACGAGUGUGCCUCUGUCAUCAACGCCAAUGCCUGUUACAACAAAUUCCGGUUCCAGAACGCGCAGACGAUGCAGUGUAUCGAUGGGACGGACAAUGCGGAUAAGGCGAAGAAGAUUUGCAAGUGCUGCAGCUGUGUUGGGGCUAUAAUGUGUAACUGGGCCACUAAGCAGAAACUCUGCUAGACGUUUUUAUGGGAGAAAGGAGUGCGAUGGUCGUGGAUUCGGCCUCCUGGAUUUUGUGCUGGCUGGGGUCGUGGAGCUGGAGGGUACUUGGAAUGGGUAUCGUGACGGGAAAUUGUACGAAUUCUUGUCAAGAUACGCGAUUAAUCGAAUGGAGUUUUGUGUC